GAAGUACACAUUCGUUGAUUUUGCCUUGCGAUCGUGUGCGUGUCGAUCGUAAUGGCAGGACUGGAGCUUCUAUCCGACGAGGGAUUUAGAUUAGAUGGUCGACGACCAUCUGAACUGAGAAAGAUUCAGUGUCGUCUGGGAGUUUUUGAUCAGGCAGAUGGAUCAGCAUACAUUGAGCAAGGAAAUACCAAGGCUUUGGCAACUGUUUACGGUCCACACGAGGUUGUUGGAGGAAAGGGUAAGCCCCAGCAUGACAAAGUGACCAUCAACUGCCAAUACAGCAUGGCCACAUUCAGCACAAAUGAGAGAAAGAAUCGGCCUCAAGGGGAUAGGAAAUCAACCGAAAUGUCACUGCACCUGCAGAGAACGUUUGAAGCUACCAUACAAACACAGCUCUAUCCAAGAUCACAGAUUGAUAUCUUUGUGCAGAUUCUGCAAGCAGAUGGAGGGAAUUACUGUGCUUGUGUCAACGCCGCUACUCUUGCAAUCAUCAACGCAGGUAUCCCCAUGAAGGACUAUGUAUGUGCUUGCUCCUCUGGUUUUGUAAAUAAUACACCUCUGUCUGAUGUGAGUUACCUUGAAGAAUCUCAGGGAGGACCUGUAGUGACUGUAGCCUUGCUGCCCAAGUCUGAUCAGAUUGCUCUCUUUAAGAUGGACAAUCGUCUCCAUGUGGAUCACCUAGAGCAGGUGUUGGAGGUAGCCAGUAAGGGUUGUAAGGACAUGUAUGCAGUCAUGGACGCAGCAGUGAAGGAACAUGUCAGUCGGAUGGCAAAGAGUAUGGAAUGUAGCUGAUGAGGAGGAACUGCAACCAGAGUUAUUAAGUUAUAAAGAUGGAGAACAUUUCUUUGCCUUCUGAAUUGAAAGAAAAUAAAUCCUCUUUGAGAUGCCCUUCAGCUUUCUCUAGAGUCUAGGUGGUAAACCUAUUAUACUUGUAAUAGAGGAGGUUGUCAUUGCCCAUCUCAAUAUCACAAGACCAGCAUGAGUAGAACUUUGCUGAAUCCAAUUGAACGGCAUGUUAAAUGUAUUACCGGUACUUAUUAUUAAUUUGUUGGCUAUUUAUGAGCUUGUACUAGAAAAAAAUCUUAAAGCUUGCUCAUUGUGGCCAGUAUCAUGACUCAAUCCAGCCUGAGUUGUCAUGGUAUAAGUUGAAUGAUCUCCAUUAAUUUUAAAAGCAAAAUGAUUACUGAAAGUCCAUUGAUGUACCCCUCAUUAGUUUGUACUUAGAGCAUUAAAUGUACUUUGGAACUCUAUCAGGGGACUUGAAGAAGUGACAAAGAUUUUUAUUUUUUACUGUUCUUACAAAUUUAGCAUUCCAGGAUGGAAAUCUUGUGAUAUUAGAUCAUCAUAAUGUACAAAAUCCACAGCUGGCAUAAACUUUUUGAAUGUGUUCUCUUUUUUUAAGACUAACAAAAAUAGAGUAAGAUGGCUUCCAAAAAUAUAUACCACAAAGCUUUUGAAAUAAUUGAUCUCUGUGGCUUAUACCCUUUUGAACCUCAAAUCUAAUCAAGGGGGUGUUUCACAAAAAUUUAAGAAUGACUUAGAAUCGCACUUAAAUGCUGACACAUACACAAUAUGCAACGCGCAGUCUUAUUAAUCAAUAUGCAGUAGUGUGCAUCCUCUUCACAUGAUCUGACCAAUGCGGUCAUGCCUUUUACAACGCUCGCAACUAGGCAUUAUGUGCGACUCUUAACCCUAAGAAGACUGAUUCAGCCCCCCCCCUCGACAUUUUUCGCGAUAAAUCCGCCGCGCGAAAUUUUUUGACCGCGUCACUCGCUGACUUUUUACUUUUAAGUCUCGCACAAAUUUUGAGACCAAAAUUGUGACCCUUUGUACGCGGUUCCGAAAUUACGCAACAUUUCGUAAGUGCAUGCAGACCCAAAAUUGCUCAAAAACGUGAAUUUGUGUACAAAUCCAAUGCAAAUAGUGUUUUUAGCCAAAUUUCAUAAAAUGUAUCAUUAUUUUCCUUUUAUUGCUUAAAAUCAAUUAAUUUUAUCUUGGUUAUGGUCAAAAUAAAGUCUCCGACAUUGAAAAAACAAUAAAAAACAAAAAGUCGAAAAACAAAGAAAUACAUAAGAAAUUUAGAAAACAAUAAAAUACAUAAAAAAAUAAAUGUGAUGUUGACAUUUUUAAAAAUUUUUAAUCAGAUGCCUAUAAAGAGUAUGUGAAACAAAUAUUAGCAUUUUAGGAGCAUUAUUUUGUUAAUUAGAGCAAACUUAUGAUUUUACGCAUAAAUUAGCAUAAUUAAUGAGCAAUGAGAUUUUUCGCAGAAUUUGAUAUUAUAGUUUUGUAGAUAAUGCCAUGGGUAAUGCGCGUGCCAAUUUUCGUCGUGAUCGCGCGAUCGACGGCCGAGAUCAUAAGGGGGGCUGAAUCAGCCCCCCCCCCCCAGUCUUCUUAGGCGUCGAAAUAGCCCAGUCUAUUUAGGGUUAAGUCAUACUUAAUUCCUUGUGAAACUCCCCCAGAUCAUUAAAACAGCUAUUUAGUUUUCACAAAAACAAGAUAUUUCAAUGUUUACUUCAUAGUGAUGUCUGUGACCUUUGACCGCAUGACCCCAAAAUCUGGUCCAAUCAUUGUCACUCCCAUAUGCAUCGAGCCCAGUUUGAAAUUUAACACUAAAAAUGGUUAUUCAUUUAUCACAAGAUAUUUCAAUUAAUGUAUAUAAUGUCUGGGACCUUUGACCUCACGACCCCAAAAUAUAAUCUGGUGGGCGUUUCAUAAAUCUGUUAUUAAGUUAAGACUGACUUUAAGAACUACCGGUGAACCUCUUUUACGUGCUAAAUAAUCCCCAAUGAACAUUUAAUGGUGAAUUUCAUUUUCCACAAGAAAGGAUCACCAGUCGUUCAUAAAGUCACUCUUAACUUACGAACAGCUUUAUGAAACGGCCCCAGAUCAUUAUUACACCAAUAUCCCAAGUUUGAAGUUUAACCAUUUUAACCAUUCCAUAGUUAUCAUGAGAAUGAUUAACAUGUAUAAUGGCCUCAAUGACAUUUGACCCCCACCCCUCUAAAAAAAAAUACAUCCUGAACUAAGUUUGAAGUUAAUCCAUCAAACGGUUCUUUAGUUAUUAAGGAAAGUUUAUCAGGAUGAUCAGAUGGACAACCUGAAACCACCUAUGGUGAGCGGAAGCAUAAAAGCCUAAUUUUCAGACUUGGAAACUUGAGAAUGGAAUAAAAUGAAUUGUAAAACAUGGAAUACAUGUA